CCUGCGCUUUCACUGAGCUCUCACUCUUCUGUACAGAAAAAGAGAAUAGAGUGGUAAAUGUAUAAAGCUGGAGAAAUUCUAUUUUAAUAUCAUUAAUAAUGUCACAGACCAAAAACCAAAGACCUGCUCUGUGACUCUGUGACUUUAAAAAACCUGCUUAGGGAAACGCCUUGAAAACACCAUGCGCGCGCACACACACACACACACACACACACGGAGUGAGUUACUUCACAGUCCUUCAGUUUCGCUUUCUCUCCGCUGGAAAACACACACACCUUAUGCCUGCGUGUCGGAUGAGUGUGUGAGAGAUGGAGGAUCGAGCUCUGCUGCAGAAUAUUAGACGGACUCCUAAACCGAGUCUCCCAGUUCUGAUAAUCUCCAAACUGGUGGCCAUUGCGUUACCUGUCGCUCAGCUCGUCAUUGGUGUGCUGUACCUGGAGGCUUGUCCUCGUCAGCCCCUCAUCCCGAUUUACCUGUUGGUCUCAGGUGUGUUUGCGCUCGUGCUGGUCCUGUUGUCGUGUCUCCCCUGCACUCAGGAGGAGGAAAAUGGGGGCGGAGCCAUCAGCACCUUAUGCACCACCUGGAAUUCCCUCAUCACACUCUUCCUGUUCUGCUGGUUCAUUGCAGGUAACGUGUGGGUUUAUUCCAUCUAUGAGCCAAAUUAUGACCCGCACACACCGUCACACUGCGCUAAGACGCUCUACCUUUUUGCCUUUUGGACCAUCACACUCGUCUACAUCAUCAUCGGCCUGAUCAUCACGGCUGGCUGCUGCGUCAUGGUGUGCACGUGUGUGUGCAGUCGAGCAGGAAUUUCCAGCAGCCUUACUGACAAUGUCUGAUAGACACAUCACGUACAUCAGACAUUUCAUCACACACAUAUCUCAAACACGCUCACACACUGUCCUACUGAGAUUGGGGGAAGAUUGGAUCACAUGAUCUUUUCUUUAUGUGCUUUAUGUGCUGUAUCACUGAUUUAUUCAUGCACUGUUGGAUUAUAAUUAACACGUAUGUAACGCUGAACAUAAUAAAAAGUGUUGUAUGA